CCAUCAUGAGUGAGUCUUUCAUCAUCGCCAUCGACUUCGGCACGGCGUACAGCGGCUACGCCUUCAGCCUGACGGCCAGAGAGGCAGAGAUCGACCCCUACGUCAAGUACUGGGGGGAAGAGGUGGGGCAGAGGACGGUGAAGACUCCCACCUGCAUCCUUUUUGAUGAGCAUGAAGGAUUCAUGUCCUUUGGUUAUGAAGCCCAGAGGGAUUAUCACAAGAUGAGGGGGGAGGAGGCUCAACACAAGUUCUUCUUCCAAAGCUUCAAGAUGUCGCUCUACGGCAGAAAACUGGACGACGAUGUGACCAUUCCAGCAGCCAACGGCAAACCGAUGAAGGCCCUGAAAGUUUUCACAGAGGCCCUGAGAUACAUGAAGGACGACGCUCUGAAAACCAUCAACAACAUGUCUGGGAGAGUGUUCAACCAAUCAGACUUCUGCUGGGUGCUGACUGUUCCUGCCAUCUGGGGUCCUUCAGCCAAGCAGUUCAUGAGGAGAGCUGCCACUCAGGCUGGGAUUGUGACUGCAGGGAAGGAGGACCGGCUGGUCAUCGCACUGGAAACAGAGGCAGCCUCAGUGUGGUGCAGGAAGCUCCCAGCUGAUGGCUUCAUAGCAGAAAACCAGGGAGAAGUCAGUCUGGAUCAGUCUCCAGGAACACAGUAUAUCGUUGUGGACUGUGGAGGUGGAACCAUCGACGUCACGGUGCACGAGGUCCUGGAUGGAGGAGCCCUGAAGGAGCUGCACAAGGCCUCUGGAAAUAACAUGGGAGGACAAAGUGUGGACAGAAAGUUCAAAGAGUUCCUCAAAGAGAUCUUUGGUGAUGCUCUGUGGGAAAAGUAUGAACGAGAGCAUCCAGGAGAGCUGCAGAAAAUGAUGUAUCAGUUCACACUUUCAAAGAGACACGAUGACGAAGCAGUGAUUAUCUGUCCCUUCAACCUCACAGAGCGAGCUAGAGACAGCGGGAAAGACAUGGAGACGCUCUUCAAAGGGGUGAGAGGGGCCUCCUGGUAUGAGGGAUCCAUCCAGAUCUCCAAGGAGAGGAUGAGGUCUUUCUUCGAUGACAGUCUCAGAGGCAUCACCAACCUCCUGAAGGAAAUCCUGAAGAAAGAUUUCCACAUCGACUACAUCUUGCUGGUGGGGGGCUACAGUGAGAGUGAGACUCUGCGUCAGCACGUCAUCAAUCAGAUCAAAGGUCAGUGUAAAGUUCUGUGUCCUCUCAGACCUCAGGAGGCCAUCAUGAUGGGAGCCGUGCUGUUUGGAAGAAACCCUGCUGUGGUGGCUUCUCGUAAAAGUGCCUUCACUUACGGAGUUAAAACCAUCCAAACCUUUGAUCCCUCCAAGCACCGAGAAGACAAGAAGUUCAUCGCAGACGGCAUAGAAAAGUGUGGCGACCUCUUCUACAGGCUGGUGGAGAUCGAUGAGGAUGUGGGCUGGGCAGAAACCAGAGACUUCAGCUUUGUUCCAACAGCGUCCACUCAGACCGCCAUGAGCUUCUCUUUUUUCCGCACAGAGAGAAAGAACCCACAGUAUGUGGAUGAGUGGGGGGUGGAGGAGAUCGGAUCCAUGAAGGUGAGCAUGCCCGACACCACUCGAGGCAGAGAUCGCAGAGUCAAACUGCAAAUUAAGUUUGGCUUCACAGAGAUGAAGGCCACGGCCACUGAUGAAGACUCUGGCUGCACCGAAUCAGUAGAGCUGGACUUUAUGAGGACGUCCUGAGGAAGACCCCCGAGAUCCUGGAUCCUACUGCUCAACCAGCUCUGGUGGAACUGGUUAGCUGUUUAGAGGAGCAGCUACAUGCUGUCACUGUUUAUUUAUUUAUUUAUUUAUUUAUUUAUUCAUUCAUUUAUUCAUUUAUUUGAUUGGGACAGUGCAUGUUGAUGAACAUACAUAAAAAACAUGAAUGUAAACAUGCCAGAUUAUAGCCGAGGGCUAGUUUCCAUCUGUUGUCACAAAGGGUGGUGUCACACAAGGGCAAUACAAGGACAAGGACAAUAACAAAAUUACAUGAAAAUUUCACAUUCUCCACAUUUGCACACUUCAUUUAAAAUUUAAAACACACGCCAUUUAAAACACAUCACUUCUAUAAAUGAGUACAGACUUGGUUUGCCCAUAACCAGUGUUUGACCUGAGCCUUAAAUGAGCUGAAUGUGGGACAUUCUCUCAGAGUUUGUGGUGGACUAUUCCACAGACGUCCACCUUGGACAGACACAACAUUCUGACCAAAGGUUGUCCGUCUGUAAGGGAUCAACAGGUCUCCUCUGGUUGUGGCUCGUGUAGUCCUGUCUAAGUUGUCUUUAUGUUUAACAAACUCCUUUCGCGGCGGUGGGGCAAGGUGGUGUAAGACCUUAUAGAUCAGACAGACUCUUUUAAGAUUAACCAUGUUAUUGAAGUCUAAUAGUUUGUGCUUUUUUAGAAUAUGACAGUGGUGGUGGGAAAUGGGCUUUUUAUCAAGUAUUUUUAAACUUCUUUUGUAGAGGUUUUCGAUUGUUUUAAGCGUUGUUGGACAAGCUAGGGACCAAGAAGUCAAACAAUAAUCUAUGUGAGAAAUAAUCAUUGGAUAAAAAUAGGUUUUAGCAACAUUUAUAUUUAAAUUAUAUCGAAUUUGGCAAAAAUUUCGAUUAUAAUUAUAAUUUUAAAUUAAUUGACAUACUUUGAUGAAGAUCCAAUGAAGGCUUUAUUUCUGGUUAGGAUCAAGCAGAUUGCCUUGUCAAGCAGUCUUAAAGACCUGAAUGAUGGUCAAGUUGUGUGUUGGUGUGUUUGAGAAACGAGGAGUUUUCUAUGUUCUUUGUAUCA